AGCUAUGAAGUGAAAGCAGGACUUCCGGAUUACGUGUUGUUGAAAGUGUGUCGCAAGAAAAAAGCUCCAAAAUCCGGAUUUUAUAAAAUUUUAGUGUUUGUCUGCGGUUCUGGACGGGACGAGGGCAUCAUGAGGUGGCAUCCAGGCCCCAUCCCUGCAGCUAUCGGCGAGGCGAAGCAGAAAAACGCCGUUUUCGUCAUCUACGUCGAAGGAGAAGAUGACAUGUCAAAAUCGAUGACAGAAACCUGGGAAGAUGCGGAGGUUGAGAGGGUAUGUCAGGAGGCUGGAUUCAUCGGCAUGAAACUCACAGCAAACAGUGAGGCAUGUGUGCAGUUUUCCCAGAUUUAUCCUGUAGUCUGCAUCCCUUCCACAUUUUUCAUCGGAGACAACGGAGUUCCCCUGGAGGUGGUGGGAGGUAGUCUGCCUGUCAAUCAAUUCUUGGAGAGGAUUCAGAAGGUUAACCAGCUCCACCAGAACAAAGACCAGGUGGCCUCCCCUGCACCUGUAGCCGAGACCCCCCCACAGCCACAGGAACCCCCCACCCCCUCCCAGGUAGAGGUAAACUCCCCCGUGGGGGGUGGGGACACUGAGACUGUCACGGACAAAACAGAAGAAACUACUUCAGGAGACGUGGAGAAAAAAGAAGAAAAGGUGGAAGAAAAUACUGCUGUUGCCACAGGCACUGUUGUUGAGGACGGCCCAGCAAAACCAUCACCCUCCUCAGUAGCAGCAGCAGCAGCAGCAGUCGUCUCAUCAGAAGAAGAAAAACAGCAGAAGUUAGAGAGUUUGGACAAGUCUUCAGAUACAGACACUACUGACAGAGUGGAAAGGGCUAAGAGACUGAUUGAGGAAAGAAGAGAAGCGAAGAGACUAGAGGAAAUUGAGGAAGCGAAAAGGAAGGAACAAGAGAGGCGGCGUCAGGGUCAGGAGAUGGUGAAGGCCAAACAGUCCACACAGGAGAGACAGGCCAGGGCCAGGGCAGAGGAGCUGAGAAAAGCAAAAGAAGAGGAGAGACUGGCCAGGGAGAGGGUACGGGAACAGAUAGCCAGGGACCGAGAGGAGCGGGCCGCUCGGUACAAACAGGAAAAGGAGGAGAGGGAACAGGCCCAACUGGUCAGGGAACAGGAGAAGGCUGCAGAGGAAGCCACCAGACAAGCUGCUAGAAGUGAAUUUGCCAGACUGCAGUUCCGUCUGCCUGACGGCUCGUCGGUCACCAACACCUUUGCCUCCAGCGACAGUCUGGAGACUGCACGACAGUUUGUAGCCGAGCAACUUCAGUUGCAGAAUUUCGCCAUGGCGACCAUGUUUCCACGCCGACAGUUUACAGACUCCGACAUGGCGUCCAGCCUGAUGGACCUGGGCCUGGCUCCCAGCGCUGCUCUGGUGGUUCUACCUUCCAAGUCUCUGAAGGAAAAUGUUGCACUGUCCUCAAAUGGCCCUUCUGAAGCUGUUGCCUUUCAGGCUAGAUCGGGAGGUUCUAUGGUUGCGUCUGGAGGGUCGGGAGGUCUGAUGGACCUGGUGUGGCUGAUUCUCAGUCCUCUGGCAGCCCUGUGGAGGUUUCUACAGACUUUCCUGUUCGGUACACCUCAGAACCCCAGCAGACCACCCCCACCUACACAAGAACAGGCCACAUUCUCUAACUCACCAACAGGUGGUGAGGUGAAGAGACGUCGAGUUCAGCAGGACGAUGACGUCCCCAGGGGCGUGUCCAAGAGGGAGGGGAACGUCAUCCGCUUCUCACCCAAUCAGGACCCAGAUGACGACCAGAACACCUACAACGGCAACUCCACUCAGCAGAUGUGAUUCUCACUGCUGUCAAUCAUGUUUAGAUCCCGCCCACUCAAUCAAGUUUUGGCCCCACUCAUGUGUCAAUCAAGUUUAAGCUCCACCAAUCAUAGAGCAAGAUUGGGAUGUCAUGAUGUAGAAAAAAAAGUUGACCUGCUUUUGCUUGUUAAGACUUCAAAAGGGCUUUGUAAGGUGAACUUUUAUCAAUACCAAGAAAAAGUAUUUUAUUCAAGGUCAUGUUGAAAGCAAUUCCUACAAGCUCCAUUUACAUGAAGGGGUAAAGUUAUACCUAACUUAAUGCUGUUUAAAAUGUUACUUAGAUAUAUCAAGGCUGUGAAAAGUUUUCUAGGAAAGUUUAAGCUGAAAAUACAACAUGUAAAUGACUGAUAACAAUGAAACUGUGGAUAUGACUGGAAAUUCUACUGGUGGGUGUAUUUGUCACCAUACAAAUGUA